AUGGAAACCGGCGAUGAAGUCCGUCGUCGUUGCCGAUCUGUCCGACGAUGGAGCGGCAAGCGGUGCGCCCUGGCCGCUAUACUAGGGACCAUCGCCGCGAGCGCCGUGGCCACGGCUGUCACGGUGGUGCUCCGCCCUGUGCGCCUUAGCUUCUCCAUCACCGACGCCAUGAGCUGGCACGUCGCCCCGGGCGCUAUCUGGGCGUUCAACGUCACCGUCGCUAACCCCAGCCGCCGCGCCGGGGUCCACUACCUCUUGCUCAGCGUCAGCAUGCAGUACCUGACUCCCAACGGGUCGUCGUGGGUGCUCGAGUCCGGCGCUCCGACGCCGUGCUACCAGCCGCCCUGGAACACAACCAGCUUUCCCAUGGCGUUCUGCAUCACCAAGGAGGACAACCUGUCGGAGCUCGGCAGGGUGAACACCAGCGUCCCUAUGAAUCCCUACGUCAAGGCCAGGGUGCGCUUCAAGGUGGGGCCGGCCUACACUAAGCCGUACGAGAUCACGGUGCUAUGCAACCACGUCUACUUCGCCAACAACGAGAGCAGUAGUGCUUCGUCUCACUCUCAUCAGAGAGUGCAUGUGCAUCCACCGGUCAAUUGUACGGGCACAUCUCCAUGA